AUGGCGGCUUAUGGGGCUCUGGUUUCUCUUAUGCAUAUCAUAGAUCGGCUUGAAAAUCAUCCUUCCCCUCCAAUUUCUAUCGACAAACAGCAAGUUGAAUCUCUCACUCAAAAUGUUACCUUCUUGCAGGAUUUUCUUGAUUCUUAUAUUUCCCCAGUUGUGGAUGACCAUGAAGCAGAUUCAUUGGAGCGUCGCAUUGCUGAUGCAGUUUAUGCAGCUGAGGAUGUCAUCGAAUCCCAAAUUGUGCUUCAAAUUCAUAACCGAUCCACAAUUGUUGGGAAGAUGUCCAGUUUUAUCAACCUGUUUCGAGCUCGGUGUAAAUGCGCAACUAUUGAAGAUAAAUUCUAUCACGAUCUACAACAAGUGAUAGAAGAAAUGAAUUCGAUCUCAACCGCAGCUGAUCAACUGCAGAGAAAGGUCUCCUCAACUCAUGCUGCCUCCUCUUCCACUGUUAUCAAGAAGGAUGUCUUGGAGAUUGUUGCCGCAGCUCAACUGCCGAGAAAGGUCUCCUCAACUCAUGCUGCCUCCUCUUCCACUGUUAUCAAGAAGGAUGUCUUGGAGAUUGUUGCCGCAGCUCAACUGCCGAGAAAGGUCUCCUCAACUCAUGCUGCCUCAUCUUCCUCUGUGAAGGAAAGCAUGAUGGUGGGCUUCAAGGAGGUGUUACUUGAAGUGCUGGAUAAGCUCACCGGAGGCCAACGCAGUCGCCAAAUCAUCCCAAUCAUGGGGAUGGGCGGCAUUGGUAAGACCACUCUUGCCCGACAUCUAUUUCAGCAUGCGCUUGUUAAAGAGCAUUUUGAUAUUCGUGCUUGGACUACAAUUUCUCAAACUUAUAAUGUCAGAGAAACACUUAGAGAAGUUCUUUUCCAAGCAAGUGGGGAUUCGGGUAGUGAUCUGAGUGAGGGCGAAUUGGGAAUAAAACUAUACCAGUAUUUAUGGGGUAGGAGGUAUCUCAUAAUUAUGGAUGAUAUUUGGAGUAUAGAGGUGUGGGACAAGAUCAGGUCUUCCUUUCCUGAUUGCAAUAAUGGGAGUCGAAUAAUUGUAACAACUAGGCUGUCAAACUUGACUUCGCAGUUUGGUGAGUCUUAUGGCGUUGGUAUGAGAUUUUUAGAUGAGGCUAGUAGUUGGGAUUUGUUCUGCAAGACUGUGUUUGGGGGAGAAAGCUUUCCUCAUGAGUUGGAGUAUAUUGGAAAGAAAAUUGUAGCAAAUUGUAAAGGGCUUCCUUUAUCAAUUGCUACAAUUGGAGGUCUUUUGGCAAAAACUGAGCGCACUAGAGAAUAUUGGGUGCGUAUAGAGCAAAAUUUAAAUUCAAUUGUCAUUACAAAUAAUGAUGAAUUUUGCUUGAAAAUAUUGCGAUUGAGCUAUAGCUGUCUACCCAACUAUUUGAAGCCAUGUUUUUUGUAUAUGGGUGUUUUUGAGGAAGAUCGUAGAAUUCGUGUCUCAAUGCUGAAGAAGCUAUGGGUUUCUGAAGGAUUUUUGAAACCCGUGACUGGAAAAUGUUUGGAAACAAUAGCAGAAGAGUACUUGAAGGAGUUGGUAGAUAGAAAUCUGAUUUUAGUUGAUAAGUUGGGGGUUAGUGGAAAUGUAAAGUUUUGUAAGAUUCAUGAUUUAUUGAGGGACUUAUGCUUGAAAGAAGUUGAAAAGGAGAGGUUUUAUCAUAUCAUAGAAAAGUCUCCUUCAGUGAUAUAUAACAAACCUCAUCGGGUUGUUUUUCAAAAUGUUGGAAGUAGGGUAAUAAGUGAAGUCUUGGGAUCUUUGUCACAUGCUCGUUCUAUAAUAUGUAAUGACGACGGGAUAAACUUUGAAAGGUCUCACAAUUUUAGAUUGUUGAGAACAUUCAAAGAAUAUGAUAGAGAUACACGUCAACUUGGAAGUGGUGAUCAUUUCCUAGGCGAUGUUUUUCAAUUGGUGAACUCACGACACCUUGCUGUUAGAGUUAAUUGGAAGUCCAAAUUCCCGUCUUCUAUCAAUUUGCUUUGGAAUCUAUAUACGUUAAUAGUUGCUCAGUCUUCAUUCGAAAUGUCUUCGCAUGAAGUUGUUGCACCGAUUGAGAUUUGGAAAUUGCAUCAACUUAGGCAUCUCCAGUUUGUGAAUGCAAUAAUGAUUCUACCAGAUCCUCCGAGUGAGAUGGUUAUCAUGGAGAAUCUACAAACGCUCAGAGGAGUACAUAAUUUGUAUUUGAAUGAGGAGGUUGUUCAAAGAAUUCCCAAUGUCCAGAAAUUGCAUCUAAUUUACAAUUCCGAAGAUAUGGAGAGAGCAAACUGUUUAAGCUAUCUUGAGUGUCUGAGUAAAUUGGAAAACUUCUACUGCAGCAUCUAUCGCGGAUAUGAUGAGUAUUUGCAGAGGAUUAGUUUCCCACACUCCCUCAAGAAGUUAAACUUAUCUCUCAAUUAUUAUACGGAGUUGGAAGAGAUAUUGGAAAAGAUAGGGUGGUUGCCCCUUCUUCACAAGUUAGUAUUACAAUAUGGUGUCUUCAAAACAGGCAAGUGGGACACUAUUGAGGGCCAAUUCCGGAGCCUCAAGCUACUAGAAUUGUACUGGUGUUACGGUCUAAAAAAUUGGACGAUGGCAGAGAGCUCCCACUUUCCACUUCUCCAGGAGCUUCGUCUUCGACAUUUCCAUGAUUUGGAGGAGAUCCCUUCCGAAGUUGGAGAAAUAGCAACGCUGAAAUCAAUUACUUUGGAACGUUGCAGUGAAUCAGCGGUAGAGUCAGCUGCAAAGAUAGUAGAAGAACAAGAGGAUUUAUAUGGAGACCAACUAGACCUUCAUGUUCGAGCUAUAGUUCGAAGAGAACACGAAAGACUGCAGAGCUUGGCAAGUCCCAACUUUGAAGUUACAGUGAGAGAUUAA